CAUCUCUGUCACAUUCAUCUGUUCGUGUUAAACAUGUGACCAGGAAAGAAACAGUAAAACUCAUCUGAACACACAUCGAGAGCUUCAGAAGAACUGAAUCCACUAACAACAGAGAAGAUCACUGAAGAAGAGAGAAGAAUGAAGAUCAUCUGGACUUUCACUCUGCUGAUGAUUCCUGGUGUGUUGAGCUCCAUCAGUGUGACAGGAUAUUCAGGAGGAGGAGUCAGCAUCAGAUGCAGAUAUGAUAGAAGAUAUACAGAUUAUAACAAGUAUUUUUGUAGAGGACAGUGGCCCUCAUGCUCUGACCUCAUCAAGACGGAUAUUAAAGAUAAAUGGGUUGAUUCUGGAAGAUUCUCUCUGUAUGACGACACAAGUGCUUCACUUUUCACUGUGACCAUCAGAGAUCUGAGUGAACAGGAUUCUGGCACAUAUUAUUGUGCAGUUGAGAGAUCAGGAAUAGAUCCUCACACUGAAGUGAAUCUGAAUGUUGUAACAGCAGCUGAUUGUUGUCAGAAGAGCAUCAGUCUCUCCGCUGCUGCAGGAGCAUCUGUGAACAUCAGCUGCAGAUACCCACAAUCCCACAGUGCUGAUGUGAAGUUUGUCUGCAGGAGAUCUGGAUCUGAUCUCUGUGCUGAAGAGACGUCUGUGAAGGAGAGCAGAAGAUGGAGCGCUGAGGGACAGAUGCAGCUGUAUGAUGACAGAGAGCAGCAGCUCCUGACGGGAAUCAUCAGUCAUGUGACUCAACAACAUUCAGCUGAAUACUGGUGUGGAGUUCAGUCUGAUCCAGGACACAAGAGCUUCAUCACACGAGUCCUCGUCAGCGUCACUGAUGUUCCAAAAACGACAUCAUCAUCAUCAUCUGCUUCUGUUUUCAAAACGUCGACAUCAACAUCUAUCACAUCAGAGUCUUCUAACAAGUUAAAAGUUUUAUAUCUGAUCAUCUCUCUGGUUCUGGUUCUUCUGGUUCUGAUCAUCAUUGGUGUCUUGUUACUGGUUCUAUAUAAGAAGCAUCAGUCUCGAGCAGAUGGUGUGUCAUCAUCUCAGACUGGAGCAGAAAAACAUGAAGUGGUUCGUCCAGAUGCUGUUUCUCACACUGGUUGUGAAUAUGAGGAGAUUAAAGACUCUCACAAACAGUUACCCACAAACCCCUCUGUUUCUCCUGACUGUGUUUAUGCUACAGUUCAGAAAGACAGUGGUGGCUCUCAGAUCUUCAACACAUCUGCUGAGGAUCUGAAUUACUCCGUGGUGAAUUUCCAGAAGAAUCCGAACUGUCCUGAAGGUGUCAGAUUGAGGAAUAAUCAGGAUCACAGUGAAUACGCUGCUGUCAAUCAUCUCACUGCCUGAUGAGCCUGAUGGCACCAUAUGAGCUUCAAUCUAGAAUUUCUGAACCUUUCUUGUAUAAACUGUUUGCUUGUUAUCUGCAGUCAGAGCAAUAUUAAUAUAAGAGUAUGGAUUCUUUUUGUGACAUGCAGCUAUAUUACUGGUGAAAUACGAGGAAGCUAUACCAAACUGUUUGAUCACAAUGAAGAAGCAUUAGCGUUCAACUUUGUUUUUCAAAAAACUAUUAAUAUAUGAUAUUAAUGCAUUCUUACAUACAUUCAUGUCACAUUAAAUAUAUGACAAUAAAAUAUUACAAAACAUAUUAUGGUGGUUU